UGUCAAUAUCGGCAGAAAAACAUACAUUUCACCACCAAAGUCAGACUGGCCCAGGUGCCUGCUAAUCUUAUCGCCCGUGACGGACACUUUGGGAACUUAUCGUAACAGAAUGUAUAUUUCCAACACAUUUUAUUGAUAAACAAACUGGGCCCAGUGUUGAGCGCAAGUGAUUGGCGAACGGAGUGCUUUUAACCGUCGCUGACAUGUCCACCGAGAAGCCCACAACGACACCAGCAGCCACAACGGCCCGGGAACUGAGCCAGGAGCGGACCCGGGCGUGGCUGGACUCCAUGGACGACGAAGAGCUGGAGUCCAUAACAGAGUCUUCGGUGGUGGAUAGCCUGGAUGACGAAUAUUAUGACGAGGAGUACGAGCACGGGACCAGCAGCGAGAUAACCACAAUGGCGCUGGGCACUCAGAUUCCCGCCAGCAAGCAGUCCCUGAUCAACGAAACUCUCCGCGACCUGAUGAACUCCAUCAACUCCAUACAGACCGUGGGCAAUGUCAACAUCAGUAACUCCACAAACGUACACAUCGGCAACGUGACCAACAUCAAUGGCAACAUCCAAAUCAUAGCUGAGACUCUGAGACCUCGUCGGGAGCGCCGGAAGGUGUCCGUCACAGAAGUGCCGGCGCCUAGCCAGGACCCGGAAGAAUCGGAGGAGCGAGUGUCCUCGGAUGCGUUCAUCAGUAGCCAAAAGUUUAAAAUCCCCAAAGAAAUCUGUUCGAUAAAUCCGCGGCACACUUGGCUGGCCCAAGAACCCAUGGAGGAACCAAUGCCCCUGAAGCUACCAGUGAACUAUGUGGUCAUCCUGCACACAGCCACCGAGAGCUCGGAGAAGCGAGCGAUCAACGUCCGCCUCAUCCGCGACAUGCAGUGCUUCCACAUAGAAUCGCGGGGCUGGAACGACAUUGCCUAUAACUUCAUGAUCGGCUGCGAUGGGAACAUCUACGAGGGACGCGGAUGGAAGACCGUGGGUGCCCACACCCUGGGCUACAACAAGAUUGCGCUGGGCAUUAGCUUCAUUGGCUGCUUCAUGCGCCGGCUGCCCACCCCGGAUGCCCUGAACAUGUUACGGAAUCUGCUAGCCCACGGCGUGGAGGAGGGCUACAUCGCCCCCGAAUACCGACUCGUGUGCCACUGCCAGUGCAACUCGACCGAGAGCCCCGGCCGAAGACUGUUCGAGGAGAUCCAGACGUGGCCCCACUUCUACAAUAUCGAGAAGGAGCAACAGUGACAGUGACAUUGUCGUCGAACUAAUCGGACAUGAUCGUAGAUAACAUUAUUCUUGAAAAGAUAGUGCUACGGCUGAAAGACUUACGUUGGUUUUUUAAUUCUUUACGGGUAUUUAACACGCAAAGUUGUACGAUUUUAUUAUUAAGUUAUAAUUGUUAAUUUAUGUGUGAAUUAAUAGUUUAUUUUUUACAAAAGUUUAUGCACCGUUUGAACACAAAAUAUUGAAUAAGAAUUGUUAUACCGCACAUGGAUACGUUUACGUUUCUAACAAAAAUUUAAUUAUUCUUUUAAAAGUUUGUUAUUUCUACACUGCACUCCUAUGAAGUUCAAGAGAAAUGAAUAAAUGAAAAGCAAAUGACGAUUUUCAAAAUUUUAAA